AUGGAAGCAUAUUAUGCAAAUUGUGGCAAUGAAUUAAGUGGUAUCGAAUAUGAGGAAGUUAUAUUGGAAAAAUCAAAAAAUUGUCCACGUUUAGGCUUAAAAUUAUAUUACGACACUGCAAACAAUAAUGAUACUGAUAUAUUCAUUGGCGAGGUUGAAAGUGGAAGUGUCGCAGAUCGUGAUGGGCGUCUUAGGCCGGGUGAUCAAAUAUUGCAGGUAAACGGUGAAACAAUUUAUAGUCGUGCUAAUGCUGUAAAACAAUUUCGUAAUAGCGGUAAUGAAAUAUCUUUGCUACUUGCUCGUUCUAUUCAGAAUGAAGAAUUUGAAUUGUUAUUGGAACCAACGGGUGAAGGUUGUAAUGAUGACGAUAAAAGUGCACUCACCGAUGCUAAUUCCAGUAAUUCCACCCUUGAAAAGGAUUCUGGACUAUCAAGAAUGACUGAUUCGGAUCCGGAAUUAUUACCUGCUCCAAUAGCAAGCAGUUUAAAUCAAUCAAUGGAUUCACUGAAUGAUUUACCGGAAGUAACUGAUUUUAGUUUGAGAAGAUGCGCAAGUGAGUGUUCUUUAGAACGCGAAUUAGCAUCGUUACAUCGGGAAAUGGAAACUAUACGUAUGGAAUGUGAUAGGCUAAUCUUGAAACAUAGUGAUAGUGGACGUGGUUUUCCUAAGAUGCUACAUGUAGCAGGCAAUGAUCAGAAUGUAUAUAAAUUAAAUGAUGAUGUGAAACGAAAAUUGGAUGAUACAUCAAGUGAUUAUAAUACUGGUGAAUCAUGUCGCAGUACACCAUUGAAACCAGAUGCAAUUGCUCAAACUAAAAAAAGUAGCGAUAAUAUGCAAUCACAUAAUAAUUGUGCAAUAUUAGAUGGCUCUGCUUGCGAUACAGUUCGAUGUAUAGCUUCACAGAAGCCAUCUACUUCUCAAAUUUCGCAAGUUAAAUUUAGAUUACCACAAUAUUCGGUUAUUUUAAGAGAAAGUGGAAAAAAAGGACAUGUUACAGCAAAAGUAAAUGAAGAAGAAGAAUUGAGAAUGAAUGAUGGAAAAAGGCCAUUGAUGAAACAAAUGGUUAAUGAACCUUAUAGGUCACAAAGUGAUAAAGCUGGCAUAACAAUGUAUACGAUGCCACAAAAAUUAGCGGAAACAAUAGCUCUCCAACAACGAUUAUUACGUGAAGCAAUGGUUGAGCAAGCGCAUAUGCUACGAACAUCAGCUAAAAGUGGUACAAUUAAUAAUGCUACCACAAAUAAUCAUAAUAAUGAUGAAAGACGAAGAGGAAUGGGAAGGAUAGAAGGAACAAUAAUGAAACAAUUUCAGAAUGACAAAAUUCCAGAAGCAUGCGAAUGGAAGAUUAAAAGGCGUUCAGAUGGGACACGAUAUGUCACUAGGAAGCCAAUUCGAAAUAAAUUACUGAAAGAACGAGAAGAACAAUUAAAUAAAGAACGUACAGGUGUAAGUACGGAUGAUGAUGCAAUGAGUGAACUGAAAACUGGUCGAUUUUGGACUCGAGAAGAGCGUAAAAAGCAAUGGGAACGAGCAAAACAACGUAAAUUAAGAUAUCAUCAAUUAAUGGCUCAAAGAAAUCAACAACCAUCAGAUCAGUUAAUUGUACAGUUAUCACGCAAAAAGAUGAUGCGCCGAAAAGGUAAUCCAUUGCUGGACAAAUUUACCACUAUUCAAGAAUUCAUGGCACAUGCUAAUAGUGAUAUUUCUAGUCGUCCCAUUGACGGAAUUUUAUCCGUUACCACUGUAUGA